GUUCUGUCUCGUUAGUACUACUUAGUAUCAUAGUUAACAAAUAGUUUGGUUUUCACCACAAGUCCUUCAUUCUUUUAAUUAGUUUAUUUACAUCAAAUAAAAAAUAAAAAUAUUAAAGUGCAAUAAAAAGUUUUAUACCUGUAUGACCCACAAGACACUGCGAUCAACUAUUUUAUACAUUUUAAUCAGCUGUUCGGACAAGUUGCCUAUUUUUUCGUCGUCUAAUUAUAUAGUUUUCCUUUCGUACUAGUGACAAAAACAAGACAUUUUCUAAUAAAUUUAAUAAAAAAUACGGAAUAGAUAUUUAGGGAAAUAUUCCAGAAACAUAGUUAUAGUAUUCAAGAUUUAGUAUGUUGCAAUUCAUGAGCAUUGAAUUGUAAAUGUUGAGAUAUUGCGUUUGAUAGUAUCUGCACCUGAAAAAGGAUUUUUAUUUGCAUCAUCCAUCGAUUAAUCUAUAUAUCUUUAAAUAUAUGGAUAAAAUUAUCAUUAAUAGUUGAAAUUGUAUUCUUAGACAUACACAUAUUGUAUAUUUUCUUUGGUCUCAAAUAGAAAAAUGACAUUGAUUGAAGGAGUAGGUGAUGAAGUCACAGACUUCUUUAUAGUAGUCGGAGUUUUAUUAAUUGGAUGGAUUGCUUGGUGCUCUACAAACAUUUCAGAACAACCUCUCAUUCGUACUGUUUUGAUAUUACAGCAUAGAACACGCACACAUAUUGCCGAACUUAGAGCUAAUAAUCAGUCAAGUAGAACUGAUAGUAGAAGUACAAACAGUGAAGAAUCAAGUGAUGAAUCGAUAGCUGUGAGUAAUGAUGCUAACAAUGAAACGGAACAAACUUGUCCAAUUAAUAGUCAAGAAGCAUCACAAGUAACACCUGAGGCGACUAAUGCUUCGAAUGCAGUGGAAAAUACUAGUUCUGAAGAAGUUCUUAUCCAAGCAAUGGAUUCAUUAAACGAUGGUCCAAAUUUACAUUAUAGACCUGUUAAAUUAACAACUCCUGAAUCUACAACGACAUCAGAGGCAUCGUCCGUAAUACCUCCUGAUUCCGUUAGUGAAAGCGCUUCAUGCGAAGACAACGAAAUAACAAUAAAGUUAAAGUUUAUUAAUGAUGACCAAAAAUUGGUUACUGGACGGUUAAAAGAGUUGCUUGGAGAUUUCAAGAGACGACAUUUCCAAGUAGAACUCGAUGCUCAAAAAAGAGUUCGAUUGGUAUUCAAUGGUCACGUGCUACAACCAGAUAGUGAAACAUUAGAAAAAUGUGGUCUUUAUAAUAAUUGUGUGGUUCACUGCUUAGUGCACCAGCCACGAUUACCACCUGUAUCUGCAUCACAAUCAAAUGCUACAGAUACUUCAUCUAUUUAUUCCGGUCCUCAGUCCUUUGCAAACGUUUCAACUGGAGAUACCGGUAUUAGUUCUCUUCACAAUGAAUGGGACCUAAGCAGAUUAUUAGUUAGUAUUUUAACACUCAUUCUUGCAUUUGCAUGGUAUUCUCGAUAUUAUUACGCUCAACUAUUUACUGCGACGACCACACUCGCUCUUUAUGCCUUAACAGCAAUAUUUACACUUUCUGUUGUUGGCCACUUUUUCCCUGAUCAAGAUAACUUUAGAGAAAUCGAAUAAAUUUUUUUAUUCGAAAAUAAAUUAUUCUUCAAUUUUACUAUUCAUUUUUGUAAAAACUUCAGUAUAAUGUGGCCAUAUGGAAAAAAACCAUAUAAAAACGUUAAAAUUUUUCAAAAAUGAUUCGGUACUUGGAAAAAAAGAAACAAAUUAUCAAAAAUGUUACUCGAACCAGUGCGAUUCGAAUAAGUUAUCAAUAUUGAGUAAACUAUAUUUUUUGUUUAUCAUACAAAAAAUUAAUUGAUAAAAAUUUAUAUUUAAUGGUUUAUAUAUAAUGAAUCAUAAAUUUAAUGAAAGAAAUGGGUAAAACCACUUAUUUUAUUCGUACAUGAACUUAUUACUUGAUAAAUAGAUAAAUAGUUGUGAGAAUUUGUGAAGUUUGAUAGUUGCAUAAUUACUACAUAAUGUUGUAUAUUUUAAUGUCUAUAUUGUUACUAUUAUUUAAAUCACGCAAGUGUAUAAAUUUGAAAUUAAUCUCAGUGCAUAAAACAGAGUUACAUAAUUAUUGAACAACAAC